CUUUCUUUCUCUGUUUCUCUCCCUUUUCCUGCCCCUCUCUCUUUUCCCCCUCUUUUCUCCGUCUCUGGUCUGAAAGCACAAGGUGGCUGACGGCCUCACCAUGGAUCCCAAGGAGGCCAGCGGGAGUGAGAAAGAGAAGGAAAAAGAGAAGGAGAAAGUAAUAAAGAGGAGGAACCGGCCUGUGUUCUUGCGUUACCUGGAGAGGAGAAAGACGGAUACUAUUGUGGCUGAUGACAUGGCCAAAGGUGACAUCAACCUGGGGACCCUGGUGAGGAGGAGUCAGUCUGACAAGACGGAGUACAGCGCCAAACUAAAAGAGAAAAUGACACCACAUGACCUGUCCACACCCCCGUCUCCAGCCGUGGACCCAGAGGAGGUCCGCUUGAGGAAGAUGAACCGCAGGGCAAAGGUGAUCCAGGAGCUGGUGCAGACUGAAAAGGACUACCUCACUGACCUGGAGCUGUGCAUCAGAGAGGUGGUCCAGCCUUUACGAAACAUGCAGGUUGUGGAUAUCGAUCGGCUGUUCACCAACAUGGAGACAGUGUGUGAGGUGUCUGCGGCACUCCUUCACAGACUGCAUGAGGCCAUGGCUGACCCAGAUCUAGAAGCGGUCGUCAUAGGAGACGUAUUCAUCCAGGCGAAAGCAGCUUUAGAAGAUGUAUAUAAGAUUUACUGUUACCACCAUGACGAUGCCAACAUGUCACUCAAAUCCUAUGAGAAAGAGGAAGAGAUAAAGCAACAUUUCACCACAUGUGUAUUAGCACUGAAGAAAAUCUACGACCAAGAAGGAAAACCUAACUUGCUGGACAUGGGUUCACUGCUCAUCAAACCUGUCCAGAGGAUCAUGAAGUACCCGUUGCUGCUUAGGGAGCUGUGGCAGGCCACGCCUGAAGACCAUCCUGACUAUCGACCGCUGCAGGAGGCGUUCACUACUGCCAAGAUCAUCAAUGUGAACAUCAAUGAAUUCAAGAGGCGCAAGGAUAUAGUUAUGAAGUAUAAGAGGUUGGAAGAUGAAGGCACACUGAGGGGCAAACUAAACAAGAUAAACAUACAUUCCAUCCGUAAGAAAGGCGACAGGUUUGCUGGUUACCUCAAGAUCCUCACUGGAGUUGAACCACAGGUGAGAGAUGAAGUAUUUGAUCGAGAGGAGAAACUGUUCAGGAGUCUGGAGAAGGCUGUGAGGCAGCUGGUCAAGAAUGUUCACUGUUACCUGCAGCACACUCAGGAGAUGGUGUCUGUGGCUGUCCAGAGUGUGCAGGACAUGGAGAAUAUUGUCAAGGAUCCAAACAAAAAUGGGAUAAACGGCUCAUUGCACAAUAAUGGCAAUGACCCCUAUAAGCACUUUAAAGACAGUAUGGAGCGCCUGGUCCUCGUUCCCCUCUCCUCCCUGCAGGGCAUGUUCACAGCCCCGCAGAAGCUCAUCCAGAAGCGUUAUGACAAAUUGCUGGAUUACUGCAGUCGCCUGGAGCGCUCUUCCUCCUUUUCAUCCUCAUCCUCCUCAGCCACCACCUCUUCUUCCGCUCCCUCACUGGUGUCAGAGGACCCGCCUGGUCCUGCCAGGAGAGACUAUGAGGCUAUCAAUGCCUUGCUAGUGGAGGAGUUGCAGAGGUUCAACAUGGCCGCCUAUACUAUCCUGACCAACUGUGUGGUGUAUCUUGUUGCCUUACUCAGAGAGCUGAUGGAUAGAAUACUACUCCGUGCUCCAUCCAUGCAGCAGCUACCAGUUCCAUUGUCAAACAUUGCUGAGGUGCAAAACAGCAUCAUGGAUGAGCUCAAUAAUCUGGCUUUUGUUAAAGAUAAUGCACAGAAACUGAUGGAGCGCAAAGUCAGCUUUGAGAGACGAGACAAGAAAACAACGAUGCUGGAGGUGCAGCAUCAAACUGAGGAGCAGCGUGCCUGGCUGCUGGCAGAAUACCCACUGAGCCGUCUGUACCAGCUGAAGAGGAAGUGUAAUGGCUGCCAGGAGCAGGACCUCAGCCUGCUGGAGGGAGAGCUGGUGGCCCUGCUGGAGGACACAGACCCAUUAGGCAGCAGCAGCCGCUGGCUGGUUCACACUGGAGGGACACAAGGCUACGUCUAUUCCACAUUCCUGAAGCAGUACAACCCUCUGAGGGACUCCCAGCGGGCAGGCCAGAUGGCCAAAGAGCAGCAACAGCAGCAGCCACCUGCCAUGGUGGACGACGACUUCGACGACAUCAGCCUGUUCGUGUCAGGCAGUGGCAGCAGCAGUCUGCGCAGCUUCAACCUCAACACCACCGACAGCAGCUCGACCCUCUCCGGUCUACAGGGGGAGCCGGAGAGCCCGGAAGACCUGGAGGACACAGUGGACACAGAGGCUCAGCAGUUUUAUGCAGUCUAUGCAUUUCAAGCACGCUGUGACCAGGAGCUGACCUUGCAGGAAUCCCAGCAUGUCCGCAUCCUCCAGUUCUGUGACCUGGGAGGCAACAAGGAGUGGUGGUUAGCUGAGGCUAACGGACAAAAGGGAUAUGUCCCUGCCAACUACCUAGGCAGGAUGUCCUAUGCCUAAAUAGAGGCUCUCUAUUCAGGUAUAGGAUUUUCACAAAACCAAUCAAAUCCAGAAAAUCAAACCCAGAACCAACCUGUGGCAUUUUAAACAAAACUGCUUGCUCUUUAAUAUAUUACAUAAAUAGUGCUGACUGUAAAACAUGUUGCAUUCCUGCUUGUGAAUGUCAAAGGAGCAAAUGAUGGAGACAAUCCCAGCUCACACAACCUGGACAGGUCGCCAGUCUAUCACCGGGCCGACAUAAAGAGACAAACAUCCAUUCAUACUCACACCUAUGUGGCAAAUUAGUGUCACCAAUUAACCUGCAUCUUUGGAUAGUGGGACACACACAGACACAGGGACACCAUAUAGUGGGGCCCCAGCCAGCCAGCAAGUUCAAACUGACAGAGCCUUCUUGCUGUGAGGCGUCAGCGUUAACCACUGUUCCACCAUGCCGCCCUCAAAAUGUAUCACUAGAUGUUAUUAUCAGAUGUCUCAUACCAAAAGUGUUGAUGUUGAAUCUUCUUUGCCUCUAGAGGAUCAUAAGAGGAGAGUGCACCAAUGGGACUUGACCAGUAAUCUGAUGAAUGUGGAUAAUGAUGGUGGGUAAACACAGGGCACUGUGCCAAGCACUUUUGUACUUCAGUGUUGUUGAGUUUAUAUUGAUAAUGAAGUAAAUUUUUAUAUGUGAACUGAUUUACAGAUGAAGCAAAUAUUAUAUGUGAAAUAAUCUAUUGAUGAAGCAAACGUUGUAUGUGAAAUGAUUUAUACAUGAAGUAUACAUUAUGUUUUAUGUGAAUGUAAAAUGAAGAAAUCUAUAAUGUCAUUUAUAUUUUAACAAA